CUUCGGUUCACAGUUCUUUCAUGUUUUUUUGGGUCCUUCAGCCUUCUGCAAUUCUUAAGUAUAUAUCAUCCUCAGCUAGGAAAACAUUUUAAACUCCAGGAACUGAUUGCGGUAUAAGUUUUCUGUAAGUAUCAUUUGUGAGUGUACGCCCUAGGAUACACACACACACACAUAGAGAGAGAGAGAGAGAGAGAGAGAGAGAGAGAGAGAGAGAGAGAGAGAGAGAAAAGAUCAGAAGAGUAGUGGGCAGACAUGAAGGAGAAUGGAGGGAGGAAGCAAGGAGCAGCAUCACCAUGUGCAGCAUGCAAGCUUCUAAGGAGAAGGUGUCCACAUGACUGUGUUUUUGCUCCUUAUUUUCCUGCUGACGAGCCCCACAAAUUUGCUAAUGUCCACAAGGUUUUUGGUGCUAGCAAUGUAAACAAGAUGCUUCAGGAACUACCGGUGCACCAGCGGGGAGAUGCCGUCAGCAGCAUGGUCUACGAGGCCAACGCUCGGAUACGCGACCCCGUAUACGGCUGCGUCGGAGCUAUAUCUUCCUUACAGCAGCAAAUAGACACCCUUCAAACCCAAUUGGCCUUGGCACAGGCAGAGGUGGUACACCUCCGAGUGAGACAGAACGCAUCCAUUUCACAUCAUGGCUUCGGCUCUACUAGCCCAACUAAUAGCGGGUCACCCCCGUCCAAGCACGUCGGUUCACAAGCCAAGCCCAUUUUCGACAUGGAUAUGAUAGUGGACCAGGCAAGCUUGGGUGAGCCCAUGUGGUCAUGCUAGCUUACUUAUUAUCAUAUAGGCUACAUUUUUGUCACCCUAUGCUUAAUUUCCCUCAAGCUAUAAUUCCUAUAUCCUUUCUAUACAAAAAUUAGAAUAGAGAAAAUGGGAGGUGACCGCAGCAGCGGUGGCGCAGCAGAGGUUAGAGUGGCGGCA